AUGCCUGCCCUUGCCGACACUCGUCACUAUUCGUAUCGCGAUCAUGAGCGUGACCGAGAGCGAGGGCGAGACCGCGAUCGUGAUCGCGACCGCGAGCACUUCCGUCGCACUUCACCCCCCUUAGCCAUUGUGCCAGGAUCACCCGGUCGACGACCCAUUCAGUCGUCAUCUGGCGCGCUGCUUUCACUAAGCCAAGACAUAACUGCGCUAGUUUCACUCUCAUUCGAAGCCACUUUCUCCCUCGUGAACGACUAUGUCCGUGCUGCUCUAGGCACAGUAGGUGUUGGACAAUACGUGCGAGUCGACCCUUCACGUUCCUCGACGGACACCGGUUCGGGAUUGGCCGUCGUUGUGGUCGGGGCUGCUGAUCAGUCUCACAUUGCGCCUCGCGAAGAGUGGCUAUACCGUAUUCCCCCUGAUGCCUGCGACGUCGUCCGCUCCAGCUUCCUCGCCCUUGCUCGCGACCCGGGGCACACUGGCGCUGUCGUCCCGGUCAUCAUUGACAGUUCCGGUGACGCGUUCUUAUCGUCUCACGUGCAGUACUACACAUCGCCUCCGUCUCCACCGAAAGGAUCCAAUACGGCUGGGCGUUUCACUCAUGCGGGAGACACGGUUCGCGCGUACUGCCAUGAGAAUAACCUGGCUUUGGUCGCUAUUGUCUGCGCAGCGCCUGUGUCGUCGCGCGCGGCGCCCAAAUCGCCGAACAGCCCUCAAGCAAUGACACCGCCCAGUCGAAACGAAGUUCCUAUCCCCGGAGUCCCCUCGGGAUCCCUCACACAGACCGACGAGGAGUCUUUGCUUGCGCUGUACAAUGCGCACAUUCUAGACCCGCUGAACGUGGUCCGCGCUCUCGGAGAUAUGCUUGUAUCGCCCCGCGGCUCCGGACGUCCACACGGGCGCGUGCUUUUCGUCGAGGCUGCUGGCACCGUCGAGGACGCCGAUCUGCGCUCAGUCUUCGGCGCGCCAGACGGCGGUGCUGGUCGCAUGAUUGCAGCUGCGCGAACAGAGGCGGCGAGUCUAUUGCGCAAGGAGCUCAGUUAUGCCGGAAUUGAUGUUUGCGAAGUCGUCGUUGGCCCUAUGUGUCCUUCGACCGGACUUGCCGUGCGUUCUGCCAGCAUGGACAGUGACACGGACAAGCCGUUCGUGCUUGAGGAGAAGCGUGACGCGCACGCUCCGUCGGCCCUGGCGGCCUCGAAAGACGACGUACUGGCGUCACGUCUCCGACUCCUCGCGCGAGUGUUUGCUGUAGACGAUGCGCUGGUGUACUCGCUUGCCACUGCCAAGGCGGAGCACAGCUUUGCGCAGGCGAGAUACGAGAUCUUGCAGAUCCCCCAUACCCCUUCACCAUGCCUUCAGCAACAAAGUGAUGAACGUGCUGCGCAUGACCUUUUGCGCGACUUGGGCGUCAGUGGCCGAGGGGCCGAGGGACAGAGCCGAUGUACCCGGGUAGGCGCCAAAUAG